AUGCCGCUCUCCGGGGUUGAAGUUUCUAAGCACGACAGCAAGGAGUCUUGCUGGGUGGUCAUUCAUGGGAAAGCUUACGAUGUGACGGAAUUCCUGCCAGAACAUCCUGGUGGGAUGGGAAUUAUCUUGAAGUAUGCGGGUAAAGACGCGACAGAAGAAUUCGAACCUAUACAUCCUCCCGAUACCUUAGACAAAUACCUAGACAAAUCGAAACACCUAGGCCCCGUUGAUUUGAAAACUGUUGCGAAGAUUAAGGAGCAAGAAGACCCCGAAGAAGCCGGAAGGCAACAGCGGAUUGAAAAUAAGCCAUUGGUGUCACAAUGCUAUAAUUUGAUGGAUUUUGAGUCGGUCGCAAAGAGUGUUAUGAAGAGAGGCGCUUGGGCCUAUUAUUCGAGUGCCGCGGAUGAUGAGAUAACAUUGCGAGAGAACCACGAAGCUUUUCAUAGGAUAUGGUUUAGGCCAAGGAUUUUGGUUGAUGUUAAGGAUGUUGAUUUCACCACCACUAUGCUUGGCACCAAGGUUGAUCUGCCUUUUUAUGUGACCGCGACAGCAUUAGGGAAGUUGGGGCAUCCUGAGGGUGAGGUUGUAUUAACAAAGGCUGCUAAGAAGCACAAUGUCAUACAAAUGAUUCCCACGUUAGCAUCGUGUUCAUUCGAUGAGAUUGUAGAUGCAGCGGAAGGGGAUCAGGUCCAAUGGUUGCAGCUAUAUGUUAACUCAGACCGGGCCAUUACGGAGCGUAUUGUGAGACACGCUGAAAAGCGGGGGUGUAAAGGAUUAUUUAUUACAGUUGAUGCGCCACAGUUAGGCAGAAGAGAAAAAGAUAUGAGAACCAAGUUUACGGAUAAGGGUUCCAACGUCCAAUCGGGCCAACAGACGGAUAAUUCACAAGGCGCGGCGCGGGCCAUCUCGUCGUUUAUCGAUACGUCGUUAUCUUGGAAAGACAUCCCGUGGUUCCAGUCUAUCACCAAAAUGCCCAUCGUCCUGAAGGGUGUUCAGCGUGUUGAGGAUGUAGUCAAGGCCAUCGAAUAUGGCGUUCAGGGUGUCGUAUUAUCUAACCAUGGUGGACGACAACUUGACUUCGCGCGGUCUGGUGUGGAAGUUCUGGCUGAGACUAUGCCAGUGCUGCGAGAGCUCGGGCUCGAAGGGAAAAUUGAGAUUUUCGUGGAUGGCGGAGUGAGGCGCGCCACCGACAUCAUUAAGGCGCUAUGUCUUGGUGCUACGGGCGUCGGAAUUGGUCGCCCGUUCAUAUAUGCGAUGUCAGCCUAUGGAUUGGAAGGCGUGGACCGUGCCAUGCAGCUCCUGCGCGACGAGAUGGAGAUGAAUAUGCGUUUGAUUGGAUGUACGCGUAUCGACCAGCUAAACCCAUCGCUUGUCGAUAUACAGAACUUGGGCAGCCACGUCACCGGUGUACCCCGAGAUUACCUCGGUCGCAAGAUCUACGACCCCCUAGUAACUCCGGCUUUCAAGCCUCCUAAGUCGUCGAAGCUAUAA